GAUCAUAUAAUCACAGACAACAGGGACUUAAGGGCCUUAAAAGUACAUUCAUGCGCUUGGAGCAGAGCCUGAAAGCGUUAAAAGAUAACUAAAUAAAAAAGAGAGCGCGAGAGAGACGGAGAGAUAUGAGAAGCAUGCGGAAAAUGGGUGCAGCCUUGCACACACAAAAGCCCCCAUUGGCGAUCCACAGCACCCCCAUCUCCCCCUCUUCGAAGCGGCCCCCUCCCUCUCCACCCCUGCGCCUCCUCCUCCUCCACCACCAGUCGAGGUGCAUUGUGGGGAGGAAAGUCGUUGCCAUUCGACCUCUGCGGGGCCUGCGCGGACGCAGCGAGAACCCUGAAAAUGUCAUUAUGCGCUUAAAAGAGCGAUUUAUUUCCGCAUAACCGACACACUCUCACCGGCCGCGGGCCCGGCGACCGAUAAAAGAGCGGCGGAGGGAGGACGAGCAACGACGGCGGGUGGGAGACGGCGAGGAGACGGAAGGGAAAAAAAGAACAUUUUGCCGUGGCGGGGGGAGUCCUGUUGAGACGUUUAUCAUAAGCGCAAGAAAAUGUCCGGUGAGAGGAACCGCAGGUCGCUGGCGUUCCGAGGCGGUGGACUAGCCGGGCUAACGGGCUCCGGGGGCUCCAGCUCCGGCGGCGGCGCGGGGAACGGUAACAGCUGGGAGGCCCUGGCCUGCCAGGACCGACAUUUUAACGGCAACCGGCCGGACCAAGACGACGACGGGGACCUGCGGGCGACUGGACCAACGCGGAAGCGGCUGGAGGGCGCGGGCUCGGUGAGCGACAGCACGGAGCCCGAGGCGGAGGAGGAAGAGGACGCGGAGGGGGCGGCCGCCGGCAACAGCGGCGGCGUCGCCGACUCGGCGGCGAAUGGCUACAAGGAAGCGGGCAGCGAAAACUGUGCCGAGUCGGGAGGACCCAGGAAAUGCGGCGUGGAGAUGAGACCGCAGACGCUGCUCCAGAAGCACUCGCUCUUCCACGCGUCGUGGCUCCACGAGUUCCCGUGGCUGCGCUUCUGUCAGCAGACGGGGCUCAUGUCGUGCUCGUGGUGCCGCGACGUCGCCACCCGGAGCGGCGACGAGCUCGCCAAGGGCAGCCGGAGCUACAAGCGGGCCCUGCUCCUCCGACAUCACCUGUCGUCCGACCACGGCAGGAAUGACCCCAGCAAACAGGAGUCUGGGAGGCCCUCAGACAACGCCAGCCCGUCCACCAACUCCUCGGAGGACGACUACCGCAACAAGCCCAACGAGAACUCGUACUGCUACCAGCUGCUGCAGGAGCUGGACAAGCAGCGCAAAAGCGGCAUCCUGUGCGACGUCAGCAUCGUGGUGUCGGGCCAGGUGUUCCGCGCCCACAAGAACAUCCUGGUGGCGGGCAGCCGCUACUUCAAGACCCUUUACUGCCUGACGCAGAGUGAGGCGCAGGACCGGGCCACCGUGACUCACCUGGACGUGGCCGCCGUGCAGGGUUUCUCGGUCAUCCUGGACUUCCUCUACUCGGGCAACCUGCUGCUCACCAGCCAGAACGCCAUCGAGGUCAUGUCGGUGGCCAGCUACCUGCAGAUGACCGAGGUGGUGCAGUCGUGCCGGGCGUUCAUCAAAGACGCGCUUAACAUCAGCAUCAAGCAGGAGGCGCCCGACUCGGUGGUGGUGGACUACAACAAGCGGCAAACGGUGGCCAAGGAGGGGCAGCGGGGGCGCCCCGACCGCAAGCCCAGCAACUUCUGGGCCACCAGCAUCCUCUCCAAGCUGUCCAUCAAAGCCAGCAACAACCAAGGAAAGGAGGCUGAGGAGGACGCCGAGGAGGACGCCGGCAGGGUGAAGGAGGAGUCCAGCGACGUAGAGGUGACGCAGGUCGGGGCCGGUCCCCCCGGCGCCCCUUCGGGGAGCUGGACCCACCACAACGACAAUUCCUCCGACUCGGCCGACAACAAUGAGGCCCGCGCGCAGGUUUUCGUCUGGAACGAGCCGGGCACGGGGGCGGCCAUCAAGCGCGAGCCCCCCGACGCCGCCAUCGCUGGCAGCGGGCGCCGGAAAAAGCAGGCCACCACGCGGAGGUUCGUCUACAACUUCCCGCCCGAGCCCGAAGAAGGCUUCGACGAGGGCAUGUUCAUCCAGCCGUCCGCCUCCUACCCCCGAGAGGACUUCUCGUCGCUCUCGGAAAACGCCGAGCUGGCCAAUCAGAUCCAGUAUAGCAUCAUCCAGCCAGGGGAAUCCUGGGAGAAUGGCGAGUCGCCGCUGCUGGCCAUCAACAAGCUGAAGUGUCCGCACUGCAACUACAUCGCCAAGCACCGGCGCACCCUCAAGAGGCACCUGGUCAUCCACUCGGGCGUGCGCUCCUUCAGCUGCGACAUUUGCGGGAAGCUGUUCACCCGUCGCGAGCACGUCAAGAGACAUUCCCUGGUGCACAAGAAGGACAAGAAGUACAAGUGCAUGGUUUGCAAGAAGAUCUUCAUGCUGGCGGCCAGCGUGGGCAUCCGCCACGGCUCGCGGCGCUACGGCGUCUGCGUGGACUGCGCCGACUCGCACCAGACCACCCAGGAGGGCCUGGAGGCCAUGGAGUUCCCCCGGGACGAUGACUUCGAGGGCGACGAGGGCGACGACCUGCUGGAGGGCGACGACUCCGCCUCCGCCGACCACGACCGAGCCGCCUGGACCCGCGGGGGCAGCGCUUGUGCUGCCCCUCCGGUGGACGACAAGGAGUUCUAGCCUCAUGGUUUUUGUUUUUUAAAUAUAUGUAAGCUGGUAAACAAUCAACUCCAAAAGUGCUAUCAAAACCCUGAGGUUGCUUAAUUGCGCGAGUUUGACAAAGAUAUUAGAGACGACAACAAAAAAAAAGCUUUGGUCGUGUGGGAAUCCCGCCAUGUACAGAUUUAAUUAUUAUUAUUAUUAUUGUUAAUGCCCACCAGAGAAAGAUUAUAUGAAAGAAAAAUCAGGUUUUUUGGGGGGGGGUAUGUAUGUUUUCUUUUAAAUAGGUGGGGAGGGCUAGCUAGGCCAAUCAUUUGGACGUAAAAAAAAAUGUAAUUAUUUAAUUUAAGAAGAUUUUAUGGUCUUAUCACAGAUCUAAUUUUUAUCGUUAAUUUUUUCCUUUUUUUUAACUUGCUGUGUAGAUGGCGUUUAGUUGCGCUAAAAUUCUAUAUUAUUCCGUUUUUCUUUUUUUUUCCCCUGCGCAAAUCUUGGAACCAAAAAAACUGUUUGGUGACUGUUAUCUCAGCCAUAUUUAUAAGAUAAAUUAAUAAAAAUAAAAAUAAAAAAUGAGGGCUGUGACGACGUCGUGCCAAACAGACCGCACACCAAGAUGGAGCAGGAAAACUACUGAAUACGCUUCAAUGAAAAGACACCUUUAUUUGAUUUUUUUUUUUAAUUAAAUAAAGAAUUUUACGAAAAAAAAAUAUUUAAAAGUAUAAGAAGUAAAGCGCGAGGGAGGGGGCUGUUCUAGCUAGCUUUAUACCAAUCGCCGCGUCACGCUAACACUUUAAAAAAGCAUUUGACCUUCACUUAAAGCUUGAAUCGUUUGUUGUUUUGUUUUUUAUGCCAAAUGACGACGUUUGGUGCUGUAAUGCUUUGUCGCAGAAUACUGGACCUACAAAACAAGCGAGGCUUUAAUUCUUAUGAUGUCUGUCGUCAUGAAAGACAAAAAAAUAAGCUUCAAUGGUAUAACUGACGCUUCACCUCCUCUCUACAACACUAUAGCCUCUUUCACGCAGAGAUCCCACCCCAAAAAAAAAACGAAGACCCAGCAUUUGUCUGCCUUUGCCUGUCACGCCAUCCCCAGCAAAAAGCCAGGCUUUAAUUCUUAUGUUUGUCGUCAUAAGAAGCUUCAAGUGAAUCAGAGCUGUAACCGAAGAUCUGAAGUUUAUCCGUCUCUGCCUUUCACGCAGAAGCGUGUCUGGUGUUAAACUUCAUCACAGAAUAAUACCCUUACACGCGGCUUCGUCGCAAAAUACUGGACCUACAGCAUGGUUUUAAUUCUUAUGAUUUCUGUCAUCAUCAAAAAAUGGGUCGGAGAAACUGAGUGUUAAACUUCACACCCCUGUUUCGGCAUUGCGGAAUAUGGCUUUAAUUCUUAUUGUCUGUCGUCAUUAAAAUCUUUACCUCUAUCAACACUAGCCUAUUUGCAAAAAUCAUGGAAUACUAGACCUACAGCAGUACGGGUUUAAUUCAUAUGAUUUCUCAUUGUCAAAACCUUUACUUCUGACAACACUAACCUCUUUCACGCAGUCUUGCAAAAUAGGGUAGGAGAAGUUGAGUGUUAAACUUAACAUCCCUGGCCUAACAUCAUGUAAUACUGGACCUAGAAUACAGCUUUAAUUCUUAUGAUGUCUCAUCAUUAAAACCUCCCUUUUCAACAACAGUCGCCUCUUUUAGAAAGAGUCUUGCAAAAAUAGGUUAGGAGAAGUUGGGUGUUAAACUUCACUUUCUUGUCCUGGCAUUGUUGAACACUGGACCUACAGUACGGCUUUAAUUCUUAUGGUGUUAUUCAACAUAACAAGCUUCACCUCCGACAAGACUCUUUCACGCAGAUUUGGUUGCAUCUGCCUUUGCCUUGCCAACAGGUGUCUGGUAUUAAACUUCACAUACUGGACCUACAGUAUUGCUUUAAUUCUUAUGACGUUACUCAAACAGUGAAAACCUUGACUCCCAGCAACACCAAACCUGCAUUGAAAAAUUGGCAUCAGAGCCGUAACAGAAGACCUACCUUUUCCACUGAGCCUAGCGGAAAUUUGAUGCAGCGACACGGCAUCCCGUAAUCGGAUAAUUCGACAACAAAUAAAAAUACUGAGCAAAAAAAAAAAACCUGCCGGGUUUCAGACUUCACACCCUGGUGUUGUCCCGCCUCUGUUACGGCUCUGAUGCUACCACCCAAGGCGGAAGAAUUGCUGGGUCAUGGCAAAAAAAAAAAGGCGGAAAAAUGCCGGUGUAAAAGGGGCUUCUGUGGACUAUCAGGUAAUCUUUGCCAUUCUUUUUUUUUUUUUUUUUUUUAAACUCUUAACACGUGUGCGUUUUUUUUUUUUUUUUUUUUUUUUCCGUCUAACUACCUGCAGUACUUUUCCGUGUUAAUUAUGCGUUAUGAGGACCUAAGUGGACGUCUUUUUGUUUAUAUUUGGUACCGAGUUAUAUACGCCGUUUAUAUAUAUAUAUAUAUUUGGAAUCAUUUGAUUGUGACAGGACGUCCAAAGCGUAUUUUUCUUUGGGGGGGGGGGGGGGUGCGUAACUCCAUUUUUGUUGUUUUUUGUCAUUUGAUUUCCAUUUAAUUUGGUCUGCCAGGUUGUUUUUUUGUUUUUUUUUUAAAAAAGAAAAAAAACACUUCUUUGUUUCCACAAGACAAAAACGAGUGAAGCUCUAUGGCGCCAUCAUAGACAUGCACUUACUUUUUGUGAUCGAUUUUUUCUUAUUUUCAAUGUUUGCCCCAAAAAGCGGGUCUGAAUGGAACUUUUUCUUCGUUUUUUGUUAUUUAAUAUAUAUGUUGACUCCAAAAAAAUGCAAUCAAGACUGUUAAUUUCUAUUUUUUUUCAACCAAAAUUAUUAUUACUAUUAUUGUUAUUGUUGUUAAUUAUUAUUAUUAUUAUUAAGGGUGGGAGGAGCCGGGCAACAUGUUAAUGCGACCAUUCACUUUACUCCUCCCCCUUUUUGAUUGUUUCCUCCCGUGACUUCAGCACAUCGCUUUUCUUAAUAGUGCGUGUGGGGCGGGUGUGCGUGUGCGUGAAUAUAUAUAUAUAUAUAUAUAUAUAUAUAUAUAUAUAUGUAUAUAUAUACACACACACAAUUAUACAGUAUGUGUGUUCAUAUGCAGUUUGUACGGGACACCUCAUCUUCCUCCUCGUGUCACUUUCAAAAAUCACUGUGGGUAGGGCCUACGAUAUAACAAAUAUAUAUAUAUACAUAUAUACGUGGAGAAUCUAUGAGAUAUGAAUAUAUAUAUAUAUAUAUUUAAAAAAAUCUAUUAUUUAACUUCCUUCCGCUUUGCUGUGUGCUGCUUGUCCGUCACUUCCUGUCUCUUUUUUUAAUAUAUAUAUAUAUAUAUAUGAUUCGCGCCAUCCUACUGAUUUUUAUUGUAAAUUUUUAAUGCUGUAUUUCUUUUAUGGACAUCAAUAAGCAAAACAAAAAAAACACCACACUACAGAUUUUUGUUUCCCCACACACACACACACACCAUACGCAUCUAUUCCCAGCUGUAUUUUUUUACGCUUUUAAGAUUUUCAAACACACACAAAAAGUUGUAUUUUUCAACUUAUUUGCUCUGACAGCGAUGCAAAACUCGGUGCCCUCCGAACACAAAAAAAAGCAAAAUUCAGGUUACUCUUUUUACGUUUUUACCAGAACUUUUCAAAGAUGGAACUUAACAUUCUCCUGGUUUGUUUCUCUUCUCUCUGUUUUAAAAAAAAAUGUACUACUGUUCCUCUGUGUACUACAUUUUAAGAAUAAAACUUUGAUAUUGCUCUCA